AUGGAAGAAACAAUAUCGAAAUUCGUGAAAAAACACAAUAAAUUAUUAUUUUUGGAGCAAGAGGAAAGUUUUAGUAGAAAUUAUAAGGAUAUUUCACCUGCAAUUAUUUAUAAUUUAGAAAAAAAUGGUCAAGCAUUGUCAAAAUUAAAAAUAGUAAAUAUAGCACACAGUGGUCCGGGAAAAUUUCAAAUUGACUUUGAAUUAUCUAAUGAAUUGUUGUUAGAAAGUAAUUUAUCACAAGGUGAUUUGGUAAUUUGUAUUGAAGGAAAAAAAAGUAGUAAACAUGUGAGAGGAAUCAUUAUUAAUGUAUCUAAUACUAUGUUAAGUAUUUCUUCAAAUGAUAGUUUUGACAUUGAAGAAGAAAAUUUUUAUACAGUUUUGAAAACAGAUUCAGAUUUUACUUAUAUUUGUCAAAAAAAAGCUUUGAUUAAUUUAGAAAAGAAUAGAGAUUCAAUUAUAAGAAGAAUAUUAUUCGAUAAAGAUAAAAAUGCAGUUCAAUCAUUAUUAACAUCAGAGUUGCCAAUCAUAGAAAAAUGUUUGAAUGAAGAAAAAUUGCUAAAAUUUGCCAACAAUUCUUUAGCUGUUGAUCAGAAAGCUGCUGUUGAAUUUGCAUUAAAGAGAAAAUAUUUUGCUAUUAUUCAAGGACCUCCGGGAACGGGUAAAACAACAACUUUAGUUGAAUUAAUCAUUCAAUUACAUCGUCAUGGUAAAAAAAUUUUAGUUUGUGCUCCAACAAAUGUUGCGGUGGAUAAUAUAGCAAUGAAACUUGGUGAAACGGAAGUAAAACCAUUGAGAUUGGGUCAUUUUACAAGAAUAAUGAAAGAAGCACAAAAAUAUUCAAUUGAUAGUUAUAUACAACGCGAUGAUUCAUAUGCAAUAUUACAGGAUAUUAAACGAUCUAUAAAGGCUCUAGAAACAAAUUCUGAGAAGAUGAAAAAUUACAAAGAAAUUAGAGAAUUAAAUAAGGAGUAUAAAAAAAGAUCGAAUAAAUUGAAUGAUGAUAUUAUUAAAAAAUUUCAGGUGAUUCUUUCUACACUAAAUUCAUCUUCAAGUAAAGGUUAUUUACAACAUCUUGAGAAUGAUCAUUUUGAUGUUUUAAUAGUUGACGAAGCUUCUCAAGCAUUGGAGGCAUCAAUGUGGAUAGGAAUUCCUAAUGCACCAAAACUCGUGUUAGCAGGAGAUAUUAAUCAAUUGCCACCAACUGUUUUAUGUCAAGAGGCAAUAAAUCAAGGACUUAAUAUAAGUCUUAUGGAGAGAGCUAUUAAAAAAUUAGGAAAAGAAUCUUUUGUAACUCUCACAAGACAAUAUAGAAUGAAUGAAAAAAUAAUGUUGUGGUCCAGUAAACGAUUUUAUGAAAAUAGUUUACAAGCUGAUGACACAGUUAAAUAUCAUUUGCUCAAAGAUCUUCCGGAUAUUAAAGAAUCAAGUUUAACGGCUGAACCACUUGUAUUUGUCGAUACAUGUGGUUGUGAAUGUGAAGAAUAUCAAACAGUCAAAGGAUUUGGAUCAAAAGGAAAUGUUCGAGAAGCUGUCGUUGUAAAUAAAGUUAUUUCUUCAUUAAUUCAAUCAGGAUUGUCAGAGAAAAAUAUUGGAAUUAUAACACCCUAUGCACUACAGGUCGAUUUAAUUCGUAAAUCAUUACUUUUCGAUUCAAUAAAUAUAGAAGUAAAUACAGUUGAUGGUUUUCAAGGGAGGGAAAAAGAAGUGAUUAUUCUCUCUUUAGUAAGAUCAAAUUUAGAAAAAGAACUUGGUUUUCUAACAGAUUUUCGAAGAUUAAAUGUAGCCGUUACAAGAGCAAGGCGAUUACUUGUUGUAAUUGGAAAUAGUGAAACUGUUGAAAAAAAUGAUAUGUUAGCAAGUUUAUUGACACAUAUUGGAGAAAAUGGUUUAUUGAAAACUGCUGAAGAAUAUUUGUCCGUUCAGGAUGACUUUGAAUUAAAAGUUGAACAAACAGCUGAAAAACAAAAAAAACAUAAUAAUAAAUCUUCAACAAUUGUUUUGAAACAAAAGGAAGAAAGUAAAGUUCAAGAAAAUUUAAAAAUUACCACUAAAGAUGUUAAAAAUAUUCCUAAAUUGAAUGAUAAGGGAAUCGAUUUAUCGAGCUGUGAAAAUAGAAAGGCUUACAAUAUUUUUAAUUCUAUUGUCUCUAAUGAAUCAGAAGAAGCAGAUGAAAAUGAGGGAGAAAAUAAAUCAGAAGAAUUAAAGGAGUCUAAAGUGAAAAAGAAGAAAAACAAAACAAAAGUAAAAACUGAAUUUAAAAGCACAGAAAAAAAUGAAGAUUUUAAUACAAUUAUUGAAGAAUUGAGUAGAACAAAUAAUUGUUGUUCAUUUAAGGAUUGUAAAAUUUCCACACAACUUAUACAUUUAAAUUGUGAAUUUUGUAAAAAUCGAUUUUGUUUGCAACAUGGAAUGCAGGAGAUUCACGGAUGUGGAGAAGCAAUACGUCGUAAGGAAAGAAAAGAAUUCCGACAGAGAAUGCCUGAACCUGCAAAGAAAAAGGAUAAAGACAGAUUUGCACAAAAAUUAAAACAAUUUGAAGAAGCUAGAAAACCCAAAGCAACAAAGGAAGAAUUAAAAAAGUCUAAGAAGAAAUAAAGAAUGAAAAAGAAUUAUUUAAAGACUGUUCUUUUUCUUUCCUGCGCUAAGUUCUAUAAACUAUAAAAAGAAGUUAUUUUUUAGUGUAUUUUUGCGUGAAAAGUUUUUUUUUGAUGUAAUGUAAAAUAAAUGUAUUUUUUUAUAUUAA